UCUGUUUUCAUUAAACAUGGCAGCUGGUUGAUGAAAAGGAAAAUGUCACAAAGUGUUAAUAAAAAGAAGGAAAAAUAGUGUUUUUCAAAAACAGUUUCAUGAAUUCGUGUUCGUAAGAGGACUAUCUAAAGAUGCCGGUCGACAUUAAUCGAUUAACAGAAGGCUGGCUAGAGCUUGAAAGUGAUCCGGGACUUUUUACUCUUCUCCUGGAGGAUUUUGGUGUGAAAGGAGUUCAAGUUGAAGAAAUUUACGAUCUUCAGAAGUCUUUAGAAGGUCCUGUUUAUGGCUUUAUUUUUCUGUUCCGCUGGAUUGAGGAGCGUCGAUCACGUCGAAAAAUUGUCGAGCAAGAUGAGAGUUUUGUUAAAGAUGAGGAUAUUGUUAACAAUAUUUUCUUUGCACAACAGGUCGUUCCGAACAGUUGUGCAACACACGCCCUAUUAUCGGUAUUAUUAAAUUGUCCGAGUAUUCAUUUAGGAACGACAUUGUCUAGAUUGAAAGUGCACACAUCAGGAAUGUGUCCCGAGAAUAAGGGCUGGGCAAUUGGAAAUACACCGGAAUUGGCGUGUGCACACAAUUCCCAUGCGAUGCCACAAGCUAAACGACGUCAGGAUAAAAAUACCGGUGUCUCGACUGGUCGAUUUACCGGCGAGGCAUUUCAUUUUGUCAGUUAUGUUCCGAUAAAUGGUAGAUUAUUCGAAUUGGACGGCCUAAAGCCAUAUCCAAUGGAUCAUGGUCCAUGGAAGGAGGACGAGGAAUGGACGGAACAAUUUCGACGUGUUAUCACCGAUAGAUUGGGAAUGGCAACCGGUGAACAAUUACAGGAUAUAAGAUUUAAUUUAAUGGCCGUUGUUCCCGAUCGUAGACUCGCUAUUUCACAUAAAUUGACGAUGCUCAAAACAAAUAGGCAAAUUGUACUCGAGGCAUUGCAGCAACUCGUCAAAUUGAGUCAUCCCGAUAGUGAAAAAUCAUUGGAGAAAGCCGAAAAAGUACACGAGAAAAAAGUGAAAUUCGAGGGAGAAAUUGUUAUUAGCAAAAGUGAAAUUGAUACCAGUUCUAUUCCUACAAUUAGUGUUGAGCAUUGUAACAAUUUUGGUAAUGAUAAUGAGGAGACGACGAUUGUUGCCACUACGAAAACAGAAUCUGGAGGUAUGGAGAAAGUAGUGAUGUGUGCUUUAGAUUAUGCAACGCCUCUUCAAAUUCAAACGUCUCCCGCUCACAGUUCCUCAAGUACGGACACUUCUUCCGAAAUUGGAUCUGCUUUUAAUUCGCCUACUCAAGCUUGGGGCUGGAACUCCGGGCAAAGCAGUCCAACUUCAACGAAAGAUUUCAAGAAAUUCGUCGUCAUUCGUGUCGCUGGUGAUGAAAAAAACGAAGCUGGUUUAAGUCGUUCAUUGGGCAAUAUAAAUAUUAAUGGAAAAAGAUUGGUCUCGGACAGUGGACAUUUACACAAGAAAGUGUGUUUAUCGGGAGAAGUUAGAAUACCUCAUGCUAGGGUGAAAACUAGUAAUGGGGACACGGUCAUCGAGGAAAAGAAAGUGGAAAAAAUUGACCCCAAACUGUGCUCGAAAUAUCCAGAACUUUUUGAGCCACACACAUUUGCGCCAAAAGAUCUUCUCGCACUACUUAAGAAUCUUGAACACGAAAUUUCCAUUUGCGAAACUAGUUUACGCGAUGAAAACGAUAAACGCAAUAAAUACAAAAUUGACGACUGUAGAAGGACUCAUAAUUACGAUGAAUUUAUUUGUACAUUUUUGUCGAUGUUGGCUCAACAGGGAAAACUUGCCGAGCUCGUUCAGCAGCAUCUCACAUUGAAGAAACACACAUCUGUAUCCGUCAAUCGAGUUCACAGAUCGUCAAAGAAAACGGAAACUCGACCAAAUUCCUCUCGAAGACGUCGUGGCAGAACUAAAUGCAAAAAACGAAAAUAAGUGAUUGAUUAUCUGGAUGAAUCGUGAGAAAAGACUUUUUAUUUAAUUUUCCAUUUUUUAUUUGAAAGAGAAAAGAAAAAGCUUUACGUGGACCGUAUUUGCUUCGAAUUGUAACCAGUGAUUUCUACUUCGAUAAUCUUAUUUAAUUAAGAUUAAAAUUUUAAUCUCUCAUUAAUUUACAAAGAGAAUAAUUUCAGCGAACUUUACGAAAUCCGGUAUUUUUUACACAAACCCAGUUUUUAAUAAUUAGCGAUUUUUUUUUAAUCGACAAAAUAAGAACUAAUUUAAGUUUUCUUCUAAUUUAAGUAUUUCAUCAUUUUCACGUGUUUCAAUGAAAUACUAAAUUAUAUUUCCAGUUAUUAUGUCUCAGAGUAUUAAAGAAAGUAAUAACAAAA